CGGACUCCGGACCUGGUUUCAUACCACAGACCCAUAAACCACAAUCAAGCUGGCAGGGAAUAAGCGGAGAAGUUUUUCUAGCCAGGGUGGGUUGCUGAACAGAAUGUUCAGUGGCUCCUCGAGCCCACCCAAAGAUAGAAACGAUUCCAUCCCCCGUUCCGGCGCCAUUGACACGCCUCCCCUCAGCAUCCCCACCGAGGAACCCGGCGUCAACCAAAAGAAAUUCUCGCCCCCGGGCGGUUUUUUCACACGGAGGACCAGUGAAGAUCAGAGCUCAGGCGGCGAGAAGAAGCGCCGGAGUAGCACCGUCACCAAAGCGGCGUCCUUCUUCACCAGCGCUAAGAACUCCUUGAGCCUCUCGAGUAGUCCGCGCGAGCACUCCUUCAACAACUACACCAUCCAGGAACAGCCUGCCGUGCACAAAUUUGGGAGCAUGGACCCGGCUUUGACUGUUCCCCAAGGGUCGUUGAACAACUCGGCUGGUGAAUCCUUCCCCACCCCUCUUUCCUCGUUCAAAGUUGGCGUGACCGAGGACCGGAAUCGAAAAUGUCGCCGGACAAUGGAAGACACUCAUGCCUAUCUGUACAAUUUCUUGGGGGAUCCCGCACCGGUACCCCCUGUUGAGAAGAAGAACGGCAAGUCCCUAUCCUCGGAUGAGAACAGCAGCAAGUCCCUACCGAGCCCGGCUGCUCCCUCGCCCACCUCGCAAGGACCAGGUGGCGUUGUGGAAACGGACAACGGCUAUUUUGCCAUCUUCGAUGGACAUGCAGGGACCUUUGCGGCGGAAUGGUGUGGGAAAAAGCUGCAUCUGAUCCUGGAAGAUGUCAUGCGCAAGCAUCCCAACAAACCUGUUCCGGAACUCCUGGAUGAAACAUUUACUACCGUGGAUCAGCAGCUGGAGAGACUGCCUCUGAAGAAUAGCGGUUGCACCGCAGUCAUUGCCCUCCUAAGAUGGGAAGACCGUAUACCCAGCGUCCAAGCCACGUUGCUGUCGCCUCCCCACGCCCCCGCUGCCACUGCUCCCUCGAAGGAUGAAGCCGAUUCGGAUUCUGGCGACACACCUACCCAGGCCGCCAUGUCUAGUGAGUCAUCAUCUAGCCUUCUCAAAUUGCAGGACAAACCCAUCCGUCAGCGUGUCCUCUACACUGCCAAUGUUGGAGAUGCCCGUAUUAUCCUGUGCCGCGGCGGCAAAGCACUCCGCCUGUCUUACGAUCACAAGGGUAGCGAUGAAAAUGAGGGGAAACGGAUAGCCAAUGCGGGAGGACUAAUACUGAACAAUCGAGUUAAUGGGGUCCUCGCGGUAACGAGAGCCCUGGGUGAUGCCUAUCUCAAGGAUCUUGUGACCGGACAUCCGUACACCACCGAAACGCUGAUUCAGCCCGACUCGGACGAGUUUAUCAUCCUUGCCUGUGAUGGUCUCUGGGAUGUGUGCAGCGACCAGGAAGCGGUAGAUCUUGUCCGUAACGUGCAUGAUGCUCAGGAUGCCUCCAAGAUUCUGGUCGAUCAUGCUCUUGCACGGUUUAGCACCGACAACCUGUCCUGCAUGGUGAUCCGCUUCGAUCUCGACCGGGUCAGGAAGGUCGUCAACCGGACGGUGGAGUCCACCAAACCCCGCGGCGUUGAUGGAGAUCCCGCCAAGAAUGGGGACCGCGGUAUGAGCGAGGCCGACCAGAUCAUUGAAGGAGCCCGGAAGAGCAUGGCCAGUGCUGGAAUUGCCGAUGAUCCGGUGACGGCCGAAAAGGUUCAGGGUGAGAUGCUACAGAAGAUGUCCAAUGAUGAGGCUGGGCCGGAGCUGUCCGUCAACGAACACAGCCAUGAGCAGGUUGUGAACAAUUUGAAGACGCCAGAACCAAAGAACCCGAGUUCUUGAGCAUUAGAAUAGGGACUUAAAGGAACCUUAGUGUGUUAUUCUGCCACGGGAGAUAGAAAGACCGAGGCUACAAUCCUGGCCUAGGUCCAGACCAAUGGAGUUUCGCUGCCUUUUCUUGUCCUCUUCCUUCUCCCCGUUUCCAUACACCAGUUACUCUUCCAGAUCUUGUCGCUGGCGUUGAUCGCGGACUGCACAUCACGUCCUUUCGCGGGACUUUUGUCUCAAUCUCAUCAUGUCUUUACUUUUUCUUCUGAACUAGGA